UGCUGCUGCUGCUGUUGUUGGUGCUGCCUCUGCUUGGCGAACACACACACACACAUAUGUCCUCCAAUCUGAGCUGCUUUGAGCCACACCGUUUCAUCUGGCGCUAUCAGGGCUGAUGAGAGCCUCUCGUCUUUCUGGGUCUGCUGCAGCUGUUGUGCGACACAAAAAUGCUGUGAAGGCAUGUCUGUUGCCUUGUGAGCCGACGACCAGAGCCCAGUUGAAUUUCAAUGUUUUCAUGAUUGCGUAAUGGUUUUAUCAUCAUGAUAUCCACAUGGGUGUCAGUGAUUGUCACGCUUGUGGCGUUUGUGAAUGGAGCGAGAAAUGAGGAUGACACGCAGCCAUGUGCAAAGGUCCAGACGUCCAGCUCGGUGGUGCCUUUGGGGUCACCUGUCACAGCCACCUGUGUCAUCAGAGACGGCUGCCCUCUCUUUAUUGGACAAGCUGUUCACAUAGAGUGGCGCCUCGGCGAUCGCUUCGUCCCCGGCAGGCCCGUGGCCAAUGAGAGCAGCAGGAUUUCCGAGGUUGUUAUACCGAGCUUCAAUCACACCAGGGAGUUCCUCACUUGCUGUGUCCAGGCCUCUUUUCUUCAAGUAGUCGGAGGAGUGGAGAUCAGAGGCGGAUAUCCACCUCAAGCACCACAAAACCUCAGCUGUCAGACAAACCUUACCAACCCGAAUACCCUGACCUGCAGCUGGGACCCUGGACCGCAGAAAACCCACCUGCCCACAAAGUACACCCUCCACACCGAGAUACGGGAUUCAAACGAGAACAACACUUACGAGCUGCUACCAGGAAUCCACCGUUACACCAUCCCACGCUCCGGCUUCGUCUUCUUCUCAGACAUGGAGAUACAUGUGAAGGCGGAGAAUGAACUUGGAGAAGCAACCUCUGCGCCGAUCAUUUUGGAACCCCUCAGUGCAGCUAAGUUUGACCGACCAGCAAUUUUGGGGGUUCAAGCGGUGCCUAAAAAGUAUGGCUGCCUAAGGCUGAGCUGGAGAUUAUCUCAGCAGCAAGCCUGGAUGCGUAACUACCGUCUGAACCUGGGAGUCCGACUUAAGACUGCUGGCAGCAACCAGUGGAAUGAGCAACCAAGCCCAGUGAUCUGGGUGAGACCGACUAGAUCUGUGGACCUGUGUCGUCUUCUCCAUGGGACCCAGUAUGUCGCCCAGAUUCGAGUCAGAUACCAGCAGAGCCCCUGGAGUGAAUGGAGCAGCAGCCAGUCUGGAGUCACCUUGGAGAGCGCUCCCACUGGACGCCUCGACUCGUGGAUGAAUGUAUCAGGGGAUCACAUGCACAAGCAACUCAGCAUACACUUGUUUUGGAAGCCAUCAAAACAAUUCCGCGCCAAUGGCCAAAAUGUGUCAUACAUUGUCUCAGUGAGGAGGCUGCCAGGUGAAAAGAGAAAGGUGUGCUCUACAAAGGGGAAUUACUGUACUUUCCAGCUUCCCGAGAGAACAAAGAAAGUGUAUUUGAGUGCUGUAAAUGCCGCAGGGAAAUCAUCCCCGACUGAAGUUCAGAUUUACCCACCUAAAGCUCGUACAGCGAUAUUAGAAGUCACAGCCACCCCUCAUGAUGACAGAUCCCUACUGGUCCAAUGGAGUAGCCUGGUUUUUCCCACUCUCACUGGUUUCGUGGUGGAAUGGAGACCUCUGUUACAAUCAGACCUCUCUUUCUCCCAGUUUGAAAUCACAGACAGAAAUCAGACACGCCUUCUUAUAACAGGCAGCCUUGAGCCCUACAAGCCCUAUGGGAUCUCUGUGUAUCCUAGGUUUAAGGAUGGGAUAGGCCUUCCUCAGACUGUUAAUGCCUACUCAAGACAAAAGGCUCCAUCCAUGGUUCCAAAACUGCACAUCAAAAAGCUCUGGUACUCUCCUGUUGAGCUCACCUGGGAUGAAAUACCGUUAGACCAAAGGAAUGGACUUAUCCAAAACUACAAAGUCUUCUGCUGGAAUGAGAAAGGACCCAUUCAGGUUGUGAAUGCUGACCCAGAUAAUAGGAAAGUGGUCCUAAAAGGCAUCAACACUGUGUCUCAGUAUGAGGCUUUCAUGAUGGUCAGCACGUUUGGCGGGAGCCGGAACGGGUCAACAUUCCAUUUCAAAAUUGAUCCCUUUGAUGCCGUCGCCAUUGUGACAAUCGUAACUGUGUCUGGUGUCGGUGUGUCCCUGCUGGUCAUCUUAGUAGUCUUGACUUGUUUCUCCAACCACAGGAGGCUGAAGGGGCAUUUUUGGCCAGCUGUUCCCGAUCCAGCUAAUAGCAGCAUCAAGAGAUGGACUUCAGAAUCAACACAGGAUUCCCAUCUUCCCUGGGACACUGACGAGCCCGAUCCAAUGUACCUGUCUCACCUGAGCUUCCUGGACCUCCCUAUGAAUAUGAACCUCAACAAAAAGGACAAUGACCCGUGGUUGAGCAGCACAGAGGAAACCAGUGACCUGGGAGAGUCCAUUUGUGGUUCACCAUUCAUCCCCGGCUACUCCGGUUCCAACAGCGACUCUGUUCCUUACGCCACUGUGGUCUUUGGUCCAUGCAGCAGCCCCACACCUAAAGACCCUCACGUCUACCUGCGCUCUGAGUCCACGCAGCCCCUUUUGGAAUCGGAAGAAGCCUUCACUCCAAAGUGCUAUCAGAACCUCGCAGCUGACGGGACGCAAAAUGAGCAGUGUUUUUUCGGACCGUGCCAUGAUUGUGUACCUGAGGAAGAUGCAGGCCCAGAUGUCCUGUGGGACGACUUUCCUUUUCUACGAGCAUUAUCCUUAAAUGAUACUCACAAUGACUAAAAGUACUUUGCUGAUUAAACAUGUAGCUGCUUUGUGUGACGUUCAUGUAGAUCUGAGUUUGUAAUGAGCCGAUCAUGAGAAGUUGAUUCAGCAUUACACACAGCUGUAAAUGCAUGCAACAUUUAAUACUAAAAUCACUUUGAUGUAUGAUGAUUAUGAUACUCUGUCUGCAUCACACUCUGUAGAUAUGUCACUGUUUUAGAAAAUAAACUUUUAUACUGAA